AUGGCCUCCCGGGCCUUCUCCCAGGGGUCGCAGUCACAGGGGGGGGCGUACGGGCUGGCCGGCGGCGACCCCGGCGGGCGCGGCAGCCAGACCCUGUCCUUCCUGGACUUCGACACGCAGGAGGACUACCACUACUCGGAGCUCAGCCAGACACCUUCGUGGGCGGACCCAGCCACCCAGCUGCCAUCGGGCCACCAGCACGUGGGACCGCCCACGCCCGGCAGAUCCUACGAUGCCGCCAACGACGUCGCGGCCAGCCUGGGAGAGCUCCGCUUCGACGAGAAUUUCGACGAGGAGCGCUCGGAGGAGCAAGGCAAGGACAUUCCGGAGUGGGCGUGCGCGUACUGCGGCAUCCACAGCGCGGCGUGCGUCGUCAAGUGCCUCACGACCGGCAAGUGGUUCUGCAACUCGAGGCUGGCGGGCUUGGCGGGAUCUUGCGCGGUGGUCCACCUGGUGAAGUCAAAAUGCAAGGAGGUCCAGCUGCAUAAGGACAGCCCGCUGGGUGACACGAUCCUAGAGUGCUAUGCAAGCGGCACACGCAACAUUUUCGCGCUGGGCUUUGUGCCUGUAAAGUCCGAAAACACGGUGGUCCUGCUGUCGCGGGAGAUCCAGCCCAGCCACCCUGCGAUCCGCGACUUGGAUUUGGAUCUGCACCUCUGGCAGCCCAUUAUCGAGGAGAGGGCCUUUGUGCCUUGGCUGGUGAGGGAGCCAGCAGAGCAGGAAGUCAUGAGAGCGCGACAGAUCACUGUGCAGCAGAUCAACAAGCUGGAGGAGCUGUGGAAGUUGGAUCCGAAUGCCUCUGUGGAUGAUCUGGACAAGCCGGGGGUGGAUGAAGAACCCCAGCCUGUGGCAUUGAAGUAUGAGGAUGCUUAUGAGUAUCAGCACGUCUUUGGACCGCUGAUCAAGAUGGAGGCUGAAUACGACAAGGCUGUGAAAGUGUCCCAGAGUAAGGACAACAUUACCAUACGUUGGGACGUUGGCCUCAACAAGAAAUUCGUUGCAUACUUCUACUUUUCAAAGGAUGACAACGAGCUGCGACUAAUGCCUGGUGAUGAGCUUCGCCUCCGCCACAAUUGCCCCAACAAUGGCCCUGCAUGGGAAGGGGUUGGCCAGGUCAUAAGGCUUGAUGCGACUGAGGAGGUGGCACUGGAGAUGAAGUCUGCGAAUGUGCCAGAAGAUGUGAAAGUUGGUUACGUAGUGGAGUAUGUGUGGAAGAGUACAUCCUUUGACCGCAUGCAGACAGCAAUGAAGACCUUUGCUGUGGACGAAACAUCUGUCAGCGGCUACCUCUACCACAAGCUGCUUGGUCACGAUCUGACCACCCAGAAUCUGAAAGUGCCCAUGCCAUCUGGCGGUUUCUCGGUCAAGGGACUGCCAGAACUGAACCACUCGCAGGUUAUGGCUGUCAAGAGCGUCCUUCAGCAGCCCCUGAGCCUGAUCCAGGGGCCGCCUGGCACGGGCAAGACAGUGACAACAGCAGCAAUCGUGUACCAUCUGUCCACCCUGUGCCACAGCCAAGUGCUGGUGGCUGCCCCCAGUAAUGUUGCAGUUGACCAGCUGGCGGAGAAGAUAAGCGCUACUGGGCUGAAGGUUGUGCGAGUUUGUGCAAAGUCCAGGGAAGCGCUGGGGACGCCUGUGGAGCAUCUGACCCUCCACUACCAGGUUGCUCACCUGCGCAUCCCGGGCAAGCAGGAGUUUCAAAAGCUGCAGCAGUUGAAAGAGGAGAAGGGUGAGCUGGACGCAGCCGAUGAGAAGAAGUACAAGGCGCUGAGACGGUUGUAUGAGCGGGAGAUCCUGCAGAAUGCGGAUGUGGUGUGCUGCACAUGUGUGGGUGCAGGCGAUCCAAGGCUGAGCCACUUCCGUUUCAAGCAGGUGCUCAUCGAUGAGGCUACACAAGCCACAGAGCCUGAGUGCCUUAUCCCCAUGGUCAUGGGCGCCAAGCAGGUUGUGCUGGUUGGUGAUCACUGUCAGCUGGGUCCAGUUGUGAUGCACAAAGCGGUGUCCAAGGCAGGCCUGUCCCAGUCCCUCUUUGAGCGACUGAUGCUGCUGGGCAUCAAGCCCAUCCGCCUGCAAGUGCAGUACCGCAUGCACCCCUGCCUCUCAGAGUUCCCCUCCGACACCUUUUAUGAGGGCUCCCUCCAGAAUGGCGUCUCCGAGGGCUCCAGGAUAUACCCAGGCGUGCACUUCCCAUGGCCAGUGCCUGAGAAGCCCAUCAUGUUUUAUGUCCAGAUGGGCUCUGAGGAGAUCAGCGCCAGUGGCACAUCCUAUCUGAACAGGACGGAGGCUAUCUGUGUUGAAAAGAUCGUGACCACCUUCCUUACGGGUGGAGUGAAACCCGCGCAGAUUGGAGUGAUCACCCCUUAUGAAGGACAACGUGCGCAUGUUAUGAGCGUGAUGCUUAGGAUGGGGACUCAGAACCCCCAGCUGUAUCGGGAGAUGGAGGUUGCCAGCGUGGAUUCAUUCCAGGGACGGGAAAAGGACUUCAUCAUCCUGUCAUGUGUUCGGUCCAAUGAGCGCCAAGGCAUUGGAUUCUUGAGCGACACAAAGAGGCUCAAUGUCGCUCUGACUCGUGCAAGAUACGGCUUGGUGGUCCUUGGCAACCCUAAGGUCCUCUCACGCGACCCCCUCUGGAACAAACUGCUUAACCACGUUAAAGACCGGGGAUGCCUGGUGGAAGGGCCACUCAAGAACCUGAAGCCCAGCCUCGUGCAGCUCAGCAAGCCAAGCAAGCUUUUCGACAGGGGCGCAUUUGGGCUGGGAGGCGCCUUCAGCACUCGGUUCAGGCCAUCAGACAGGGCCACCAAAGAUGAAAAACGGGACACGCCGACUGCAAAUGGGUCGGGCUCUGGCUCACAAGGCAGUGCGCGCCACUCUUCACGCUCCCCAUCCCGUGGCUACACACCCACGGCCACCAGCAACCCGGGCGCGGGUAACAGUCUUGCAAAUGGAAACCUGGCGGGUUUUCCCCUCCCUGCUGUGCAGUCUCCAUACACCAUUCCGGAAAUGUCAACUGUGCAGGAGUCGCUUCACAAGACCACUGGCUCGAAGGAUGGCUCAUCAUCGUCCCGCCACAAAACCUCCACGCCACCACCCGCAUCGGGGGGGCCCAUCAGCUCGGGGCCCCUGUCGAAUGGCAUGGUGACGGGCAGGGGCAACUACACCGCUCAGAACCCCGCCAGCCAGAUCCUGCCGGCCACUGGCAGCGCCAUGUUCACAGACCUCAACACGCAGGCCACAUUCGACUUCCUGGACGACCUGAACUCGCAAGACCAGAUGCUGUCCCAGGGCAUAGCUGAUGGCUUCAUGGACAGGUCAGGGAAUGACAGCCUGUACCACACGCAACCACUGGAGGACGGCAGCUCACUCGGGGGACUCGGAAAGUGA